GCAAGUGCUCAUCGAAGAACUAACAAAUUCUCUUCAUAUUCUUAUAUAAACCGAUCAAAGGAUGGUUCCAUAUAAUCCAAGUAAAGCUUCCAUCAUUCACAGUACAAAUUUGAAGUUCCCAUUGUUCAUUUUGAGGGAAAGAACAGCUCCAUGGAAGAAGGAGAUUCUGGCUUUAGAGAGAAGGAAAUGGUGGAGGAAGAAGGACCAGUAAUUUCGGGUGAUGAUUCUAACGAUGAGCACCAAAUGUUCGAUGAAAUGCCUGUUAGAGUUCGACAAUUUUAUUUUGUCAAACAUUUGCCAGUUGAGAACCCAAAAACAGAUGCCAUUAUCAAGAAAGCUGAAGAGACUAUUGACAAGUUGAAUCGAGAUCAAGUUGUGAUGGCCUCGAAGAUAAGGGAAAGAAUGAUGGAUCGCGAUGAGGUGGACUCAAAAUUGAGGAGGAUAAGUUACUAUGAAACCAAUGAACUCACCCUAAAAUGGCAAAGAGAGAAAUUGGAUAUCCUGCAUCUAUCACUAGACAAACUGGCUUUUGCCAACAAUGCGUAUAAAGGGAAACCGAUUAACACGUGCUUGUCAGGAGGGGAAGUCGAUAAGCGAAAACUGUCUUUCUUGAUGGUACAUGGCUGCAAAAACAUGGCUGAUGAGAGAAAGCUCUUAAGGGAAGUCAAUGCAAGCCAAGGGAAGGACGGUGGCAUGACAAUAGAUGAACUUCAUGCUCCGAUUCAGCGCCUGCAACAGAAAUUAUGCUUCAACUAUUGGGGGUACAAGAAAACCGAUGAUGAUCUCGCUCGUGAAAAGGCCAUUCUCAAAGACAUAAAACAACAUGAACUUGCUAGGGAGAGAACUAUUGCUGAUGCUGUAGUGAAUGGUAAAUUAUGGAACUCGCUAGGCUCAAAAAAGGCCAUUCAAGCAGAAGUGCAGGUACUAAACAAAAGAUUAGACGGGCUAAGGGAAGAACAAGUGCAAGUAAAUGGCAAAAUUAGGAAGGUAAAGAAAGAGUUAGAGAGGGUAGAAAAGGAUAUAUGUUCUCUACAGCAACGUUUCAAAGACGCGAAUCGCAAAAAGGAUGAGGCAUACGACACCAUUCUUAGACUGAAAAAGCAGUAUGGAGAGGAGAAUGCUUGCUACUACCAAUAUCGGUCUCUCAUGAAGAAAAUCAAAGUACUUGCUGAGAAGAAAGACAUCGCAGCAAUUCAUGAAUCAUCUCAAGAACAGGUUGAAAAGUUUAUGCAGAAAUGGAACAAUAGCCAGGAUUUCAGAGAUGAUUAUGAAAAGAGAGUCGUCCCAUCUCUAAACAGUCGACACCUCGAGAUUGACGGGAGGAUGAUCGCCAAUCAGAAGCCACAGGGUGACGACAACACUCGAAAAGUUAUUAAACCGGAGGCGCUUUCUAAAACUAGAUUGAAAUGGUUGAUGAAAGAAGCUGAAGAUCCCUCUGAACUUUUGUCUCGAUGAAACUAGUUCAAUAAAAUGUUUGUUCUCUUUGCA